GCUGUGUCUUCUCUUGCAGGCUGGAAGAGACAAAUAUGAGCCCACUGCUACAUCAGAGCAUGGCGGAAAGAAGAAGAAGAAGGGGAAGAAGGAGAGGGACAUGGAUGAGCUUAAAAAGGAAGUUACAAUGGAUGACCACAAGCUGAGCCUUGAUGAACUUCAUCGUAAAUAUGGAACAGACUUGAGUCGGGGUUUGACUUCUGCACGUGCAGCUGAGAUUUUGGCUCGUGAUGGCCCAAAUGCCCUCACCCCUCCACCCACCACUCCUGAAUGGGUAAAGUUCUGUCGGCAGCUCUUUGGAGGAUUCUCACUCCUGUUGUGGAUUGGUGCUAUUCUAUGUUUUCUGGCUUACGGCAUACAAAGUUUGAUGGAGGAGGAGGCCAACAAAGAUAAUCUGUACCUGGGUGUCGUGUUGGCAGCUGUGGUUAUCAUUACUGGCUGUUUCUCUUAUUACCAAGAAGCAAAAAGUUCCAAGAUCAUGGAGUCCUUCAAGAACUUGGUGCCUCAGCAAGCACUUGUAAUCAGAAAUGGUGAGAAGAUGAGCAUAAAUGCUGAAGGAGUUGUAGUUGGAGAUCUAGUGGAGGUGAAAGGAGGAGACAGAAUUCCAGCUGACCUUCGGAUCAUAUCUGCACAUGGUUGCAAGGUGGAUAACUCCUCACUUACUGGUGAAUCAGAGCCUCAAACCAGGUCUCCUGACUUCUCCCAUGAGAACCCACUGGAGACCAGGAACAUUGCCUUUUUUUCCACCAACUGUGUAGAAGGCACUGCCCGUGGCAUUGUCAUUAGCACUGGGGAUCGCACUGUGAUGGGCCGUAUUGCCAGUCUGGCUUCUGGACUGGAAGGGGGGAAAACUCCAAUUGCCAUGGAGAUCGAGCACUUUAUCCACCUCAUCACUGGUGUGGCUGUGUUCCUGGGUGUUUCCUUCUUCAUCCUUUCACUCAUCCUUGAGUACACAUGGCUGGAGGCUGUCAUCUUCCUCAUUGGGAUCAUUGUUGCCAAUGUUCCUGAAGGGCUGCUUGCAACGGUUACGGUAUGUCUGACACUAACAGCCAAGCGUAUGGCUCGUAAGAACUGCUUGGUGAAGAACCUCGAAGCUGUGGAAACCCUGGGUUCCACAUCCACCAUCUGCUCUGACAAAACAGGCACUCUGACACAGAAUCGCAUGACAGUUGCGCACAUGUGGUUUGACAAUCAGAUUCAUGAGGCUGAUACUACAGAGAACCAGAGUGGUGCUUCCUUUGACAAGAGCUCGGCCACUUGGAAUGCUUUGUCCAGAAUUGCAGGUCUCUGUAACCGUGCUGUGUUUCAGGCCAACCAGGAAAAUGUACCAAUUCUUAAGAGAGCAGUGGCAGGAGAUGCCUCUGAGUCUGCACUUCUGAAAUGCAUUGAAUUGUGCUGUGGUUCUGUCAAGGAGAUGAGAGAAAGGAAUCCCAAAGUGGUGGAAAUACCAUUUAAUUCUACCAACAAGUACCAGCUGUCUAUCCACAAAAAUGCAAAUCCAUCAGAAUCCCGUUACUUGCUGGUGAUGAAGGGAGCUCCAGAGAGGAUCUUGGAUCGCUGCAGCACCAUUCUCAUUCAUGGCAAAGAGCAGCAACUGGAUGAGGAAAUGAAAGAUGCUUUUCAGAAUGCCUACCUUGAAUUGGGAGGCCUCGGGGAGAGAGUGUUAGGAUUCUGUCACUUGGCUCUGCCUGAUGAUCAGUUCCCCGAAGGCUUCCAGUUCGAUACUGAUGACCUGAACUUUCCUGUAGACAAACUCUGCUUUGUAGGACUCAUGUCUAUGAUUGACCCUCCUCGUGCUGCUGUGCCAGAUGCUGUUGGCAAAUGCAGAAGUGCUGGGAUCAAGGUUAUCAUGGUUACUGGAGACCAUCCGAUCACAGCCAAAGCUAUUGCCAAGGGUGUCGGCAUCAUCUCCGAGGGCAAUGAAACGGUAGAAGAUAUUGCUGCUCGACUCAACAUUCCCGUCAGCCAGGUCAACCCUAGGGAUGCCAAAGCUUGUGUUGUUCAUGGCUCAGAUUUGAAGGACAUGACUAGUGAGCAACUGGAUGACAUCCUGCUUCAUCAUACAGAAAUUGUCUUUGCCAGGACAUCUCCUCAGCAGAAGCUUAUAAUUGUGGAAGGCUGUCAGCGACAGGGUGCCAUUGUAGCAGUCACAGGUGAUGGUGUGAAUGAUUCCCCAGCCCUGAAGAAGGCUGACAUUGGUGUCGCUAUGGGUAUUGCUGGCUCAGACGUCUCCAAGCAGGCAGCUGACAUGAUUCUGCUGGAUGACAACUUUGCCUCCAUUGUCACUGGGGUUGAAGAAGGGCGUCUGAUCUUUGAUAACCUGAAGAAGUCUAUUGCUUACACCUUGACCAGUAACAUUCCUGAAAUCACACCGUUCCUGAUCUUCAUCAUUGCAAACAUACCCCUUCCACUGGGAACAGUAACCAUCCUCUGCAUUGACUUGGGCACUGAUAUGGUCCCUGCAAUCUCCCUGGCCUAUGAGCAAGCAGAGAGUGACAUCAUGAAGAGACAGCCCAGAAAUCCCAAAACAGACAAGCUGGUGAAUGAGCGGCUGAUCAGCAUGGCCUAUGGGCAGAUUGGUAUGAUCCAGGCCCUUGGAGGUUUCUUCACCUACUUUGUAAUCAUGGCAGAGAAUGGAUGGUGGCCUUCUGGCUUGUUAGGGCUCAGAAUUCAGUGGGAUGACCGAUGGGUUAAUGAUGUGGAAGACAGCUAUGGACAGCAGUGGACCUACGAACAGAGGAAAAUAGUGGAGUUCACUUGCCAUACAGCCUUCUUUGUCAGCAUUGUGGUUGUGCAGUGGGCAGACUUGAUUAUUUGUAAGACCCGAAGAAACUCUGUCUUCCAGCAGGGGAUGAAGAACAAGAUCUUGAUAUUUGGUCUCUUUGAGGAGACUGCUCUGGCUGCCUUCCUGUCCUACUGCCCUGGGAUGGAUGUUGCUCUAAGGAUGUAUCCUCUGAAGCCGAGUUGGUGGUUCUGUGCUUUCCCAUACUCCCUCCUCAUAUUCGUGUAUGAUGAAGUCAGGAAGCUCAUUAUCAGACACAACCCUGGUGGCUGGGUGGAAAGAGAGACCUACUACUAAAAGGCGCCUGUAAAACAUUCCACGCACAGCCCAUGCCACCUCUCCACCAUCUCCCCUGUGUGCAUACUUCCAUCUUUGCAAGAGCAGAACUGUGCCUGGGCAGGAGUGAGCUGAAACUAAAGGAAACAUGAAGAAACAUGGACUGGAGGAGAAAGCAAGGGGGAGGUUGGGGUGGGGGGGAGUGUCCGACCAUCAGUCCAGGGGGGUGAGAGUUUGAGUAGUUUUAUGUGCCUUUAUGUUUUUGUAAAAGGAAACCGAAGAUUUUAUAUGUGGAUUUUUACAAAUAAAGAUGGAUUAUAAGAGGAUGCCCCCACAUGGUCUUAGGUGGAUGUUUUUCUCCAGGCAAAAACUGGUUCAGGGCAGCCUCCCCCCUGGCUUAGGGUGAGUGCAAGGAUUAGUCCCUGGCUUCCCAUUUUUGUAGUAGGGAAGCAGAGUUGCUUGACCUGCAGACAACAGCGUGUGUGAAAGUGCAUCUUACUUUAUAGCUCAGUGCUUAAUGUGACAAACUACUUGCAAAGACUUGCAUUUCAAAGCCUAAAGCUCAGGAAUGCUUCCUGGCUUCCACUGACUGGCACUGGGAUCCAAGCAGACAUUUCUCAAAAUUCUGAGACUGAUUUUCCUGCUUGCUUUCCCAAGUGAGGGAUAGUGUUUCCUAGUGUCCUCUGUGCAUGCACAUACUUGUUACAGCAUGGCACUUGCAUCCUGAUACUGGCUUGUGCCUCCUGUGGAGUGAGGUCAUAGGCUCAUCAUGGAUUUUACAUCCUCCACUUUUGAGGAAGGCAUUGCUGUUGUCUGGAGUCCAAGCUGUCUCUGGGCUAAAGUGAGUCAUGCUGCUUCCCUCUGAAUAUCUAACCAUUUUCUGUAUGUUUUAAUUUACUGUUAAUGCCUGUAUGGCUUGCUUCUGUGAGGACUUGCUGAGAGAGCUGGCCCUUUGCAUGUGGACAGUCACCAUGAAGUCCUAACUGUUCAUUGCUCCUAGUGCUGUUGUGCUAAAGAUAUCUGGAGAUGCUUGUCCAAGCCCUUGGUCCUAUUCCUGAACUACUGGUCUGUGUCGCUCUUAGAUAUGUGUCUACCUCUGCAAAGGAACACUCUAAACCACGGCACUGAAAGGCUCUGCAAUUAAAACUCCAUCUUGUCAUC